AUGAGCGCCGUCGCAGCAGCAGCGCCCGCGGGCGACCGCCAGCAGCCGCAGGUCCAACCUUGUCGGUACAAGGUGGGCAAGGUGCUCGGCGCCGGCUCGUACUCGGUCGUCAAGGAAUGCAUCCACAUCGACACUGGGCGGUACUAUGCCGCCAAGGUGAUUAACAAGAGGCUUAUGGCGGGGAGGGAGCACAUGGUCCGGAACGAGAUUGCGGUCCUCAAGAAGGUCUCAAUGGGCCACCAAAAUAUCCUCACACUUGUCGACUAUUUUGAGACCAUGAACAACCUCUAUCUCGUCACCGAUCUCGCGCUCGGCGGUGAGCUGUUCGACCGCAUCUGCCGCAAAGGGUCAUACUACGAAUCGGACGCCGCCGACCUGAUCCGCGCCGUGCUCUCAGCCGUCGCCUACCUCCACGACCAUGGCAUCGUCCACCGCGAUCUCAAGCCCGAGAACCUCUUGUUCCGCACCCCCGAGGACAACGCCGACCUUCUAAUUGCCGAUUUUGGGCUCAGUCGCAUCAUGGACGAAGAACAAUUCCACGUCCUGACCACCACCUGCGGUACACCAGGAUACAUGGCGCCCGAGAUCUUCAAGAAGACGGGCCACGGCAAGCCCGUCGACCUCUGGGCACUCGGCGUGAUCACGUACUUCUUGCUGUGCGGCUACACCCCUUUCGACCGCGACUCCGACUUCGAGGAGAUGCAGGCGAUUCUCAACGCCGACUACAGCUUCACGCCGAUCGAGUACUGGCGCGGGGUAUCCGACAGCGCCAAGGAUUUCAUCCGGCGGUGUCUGACCAUCGACCCGACUAAGCGCAUGACGGCGCACGAGGCCCUGCAGCACCCCUUCGUCGCCGGCUGGGCGCAAGGCGGCGAAGGCGCCGACAAAGGCACCAACCUGUUGCCGACCGUCAAGAAGAACUUCAACGCCCGCCGCACUCUGCACGCCGCCAUCGACACCGUGCGUGCCAUCAACAAGCUGCGCGAGGGCCAGGCUGGUGGUUUCAUGAACGGCGCACGCAGUCGCAAACCGGCUAAGGCCGGGAACGAGGCCGGAAACGGGGCCGGGGACAAAGCACAGGACCUAUCAGCCACGGACAUCUCCUCUAACCCGCGGAAGCCCGACUCCGGUAUCGCAUUUGGCCAACAGCAACAGCAGCAGCAAUUACAACCCGGCAAUAGCAAUGACAGCGGAUACGACACUCAGACGCACGCGAUCAACGCCGGAGCGCCCAAUAACGGAAGCGAGGACGUCCAUAUGGAAGACGCUCCACAGGCAGUGCACAUCGGCCAGUUGCCACCCACAGCUAACUCGGCACCGUUUAACGCGGUCCCCGACAGCUUGCGGCCUGGAAGCGAGGCGAACAGGGUGGUGGAAACGAGUAAGGGGCUUUGGAGCGGUGCAGGUGGCGGCGGAGGUGGAAAUGGGCGAAGGUGA